ACAGACUAGUAGGGGAUAUGCAGCAAAUAUACCGGAAGUAAACACGAAAAUACCGAACCGAAUUGCUCGCGCGACCUGCCUUACAAGUACAAAUGAAUGAAUAAAUAAAUCUAACUAACUUCUCAAGUAGUCUAACGUUAGAUCUAUUUUUCUAUUCACAAAAAUGUCGUCAGUAAAAAGAAGGAGGAAUUCCAGGAGAGAGGAUGUGGAUGUGAAUGAAAUGUCGUACCUUGACAUGAUUCCGGAUGUGGUGCUGAUUGAAAUUUUGUCUUAUCUUCACGCAACUGAAGUCGCCAAAGUCACCGCUAUUAGCAAACGCCUUCGUGACCUGUCUCGCACCCCGACGGGUUCCCGUCGCAUCAACCUGUCUCAGUGCCUUCACAUCACGUUUGAGGGGUUGCAGGAGUACUUCCGGCCCAUCACACGAGUGAUGACUGGAGCUUUAGACUUGAGCCAGAACCCCUGGAUACCAGCAAAGUCCUUUGAUAGACUCACCCAUUUCAUGGUCAAUAUCACAUCUUUGGAUAUUACUGGCUGCUGCAUUAGUGUACCGUGUCUGAACAAGAUCCUUUGCAAGGCAACCAAACUCCACACUCUAGCCUUAACUGAUCGAGGCUUCCAUUUCAUUACAUCUUCCGAAGAGGGAUCAUCCAAGAAGGGUUCCUUCACCAAGAAAAGCCUCCAAACUCUCUCGAGAAUCAGGCAUCUUACCAUAGCCUUCUUGAUGUGCAGUGAAGACCUAUCCCUGGUAGUCCACUGCCCUAGGCUGGAAGCCCUAAGGAUUGAUCUGCAUGUUCAUCAAAUGCCAUUCAAACUCAGCGCCUGUUAUUGUUCCCUUGAAAACCUGCCACCCGAGCACUUUUGUAAUUUGAGGAGGUUUACUCAAACGAAUGUACACUCCAUCAUGCACCCGCAUGUAACAAACCACAUGGGCAGUAUCAUUACAGCGUCAUUGCUACGUGGGACGAAAUUCACAAAGCUGUUCCUCCCAACAUAUCUAACUGAGAAUGAGGAUAUCGCUGAAAUCAAUAAAAUGAACAAUUCUUGGUCAUCAAGCCUCAGCCAUGCAGACCUCCCAUUUGAGCUGAAGGGACCUGUGCCCUCCCUACGCUACCUACGAACAGACUACCUCCGGUUUAAGAACGUGGAAGAUCUUAAACAGUUCCCAAACCUUCAGUAUCUCUUCUUGUCACCGGAAGCAGAUGGAAAGUUGGAGUUUAAAUUAGAUCUACUUCCUAUCUUAGCUGAUUCUUGCCCUCACCUUAUUGGACUGUGCUUACCUGAUACUCACAUUCAUCCCAAGGCUUCUGAUGACCCGGUUGCUAUGAUACUUGGACGAUUCAAAAAGUUACAGCAUCUAUCUAUAUCUCCCUGUGCCUUCCAGAUACAUAAUCAGGCCAACCAUUCAAUUUUUGACACCAAGGAAGACAUCGCCGAGAAGAAUACAGCACCAACGAGCAAUGAGAGCCCAGCUGAAUUAUUGAAGGACAUAUCUGGACUGGUAAAAGCCUGCCCUUUUCUAACGGAACUAGAACUGAUCUAUCCACAAACAAAGAUCAUCUUCAUAUCAAACGGUUCAAGUGCACCAGUUUGCAGCAAGGAGUCUACAGAGACGGUACCUACCGAUACCUCACUCUCUGCUAUAGGGAACCUCAAGUUUCUCCAAAGACUAACAAUUGGUGGCGCUCUAGGGAUCCGUCAUGGCGGAGGCUUCUUGAGGAUAUUCAAGGAAUGUCGUCAGCUCUACUUCCUGUCCCUGGCAGACAUUGGACUUAGUGGGCAGUGUACGUGGAUGCCAGCUUUCUGCGAAGCCCUGCGGUAUGCAUCAUCACUGCGGGAUUUAAGGGUGGAACACCAAAACCUGGAGUUGUCAACACAGUUACAGCUUGCUUUACAGAACUGCAAGAGAUUGAGAAGGCUUUUCUUGCACUCACAGAAAAGAAGGAUCCAGAAGUCGAAGGGUGGGAACAUCUAUUGGCCGCAAUGUGGGAGGUUUCUAGAUUUGCUACGCACCUGUCCCGACCUCCAUCUACUGGCCGUGUUUUCUGCAGAUCCUAAGACUAUGACGAGACUUGGGACGGAUGAGAGCAGGUUGAAGAAGAGCAGACUGGAAGCCUUCUUUGGAUUGUCUUUCCCACAGUGCCGACAUAAUCUUCGUUUCGACAACAUCAACUGGCGAGAGUUUGUGGUAUUUGGACAUCAUGUGUGUGACCCACCGAGAGUUAUUGUCAUGUGAUCUGAUAGGGCCCUUGUCAUACAAAGAGUUAUGACCGAUCCAAUCGAUCACAACUCUGGGAAGCCAGCGAUGCCAGCAUCCACAGUGCGUACAUCCGUUAUUGAAAUUAAUUUUCAAAUACUCGUACAUGCAUCACUGUCUUGAACAAUCAACAUACUCUUCAUUGUUUCCAAGGAGACAUUGGCCCAUAUUCCGAAGUAGAGUUUAAACUCAGGUUUAAAGUUGUGGUUUACGUAUGGAUAGCCAAUUGUUACAUAAAUCACUAACAGUAGAGAUACAUGUAUCUUAUUUCAGAUCAUUUGGCUCUCAUAUCAUUCAUAAUUGUCUAGGAAGUAUAAAUAGAUGAUUGUCUUCGCCAUCUAUGAAUCAGGAAAGAGCCCAGUAAAAAUAAGAAACACACUUUUGGCUUCCCAUAAUUUUAGCACAGAGCUAGACCAUGGUCUAAGUUAAACAUGACUUCAGAAUAAGGGCCAUUGUGUACAUUUCCUUUAUGAAGAAAUAUGACAUUGAUUGAUUUCCAUAGUUCAGACUGAUCAGGGCCUCGUCUUACAAAGAGUUGCGAUUGAUCUGACCAAUCACAACUAUGGAAAGCCAGCAAAGUCAACAUAUGAAAUAUGUUUGUUAAAAAAAUUCUUGAUAUGAAUGUAUAUCCAUAAAUUCAUUGAUUUCUUGACAGUUUGGUGUGUCAUUUGUUAACAAAGGACAUUUUGCAAAUUUCCUAUAAAAAAUGAUGACACUGAUGGAUUUCCAUAGAGUUACGAUUGAUUGGAUCAAUCAUAAUUUGCUGUAAGACAGGUACUUGGUGUUUGUGGUGCUCUUCAAUGCCAGAGAGACGGAGCAAGGGGCUACGUGCUGGGAAUCUUCUGAUCUCCACAUAAGGAAAGGUUUCCAGUUACUUUUCCUGUAUGAGUGAAUUGUGCAUGCUACGCAAACAGCUGCAUGCAGUACAUGGUUAAUGAAUUAUUCAUGAGUUCUGUGGCACAAUACCCCACUCGAAACGAUCUGCACGCUCUACCCUCGCAAACCUGAAAUAGAAGAUUUUAGAAAAAGUGUGAGAGAAUGACAUCAACUCCCUCACUUAGAUAUUCAUAGAGAAUGGUGAGGAAAUGCAUUCCCACAAAUAUAUAGAAUUUCAUAAACUAUCAUGAUGUUCUUAUUUUAUUCAAUUUUCGUUGUUUUUGCACCAUUCUGUAGGCAAAAUAUUGUCUUCUGAAAUUAUAUUAAUUCUGGGCCCCGUCUUACAAAGAGUUGAUGCAACCUCUAAAACAAUUGAACUCAGUUACAUUUUUUAUUUUGCUGGUUCAAAAUAUCAAAAAUAGAAGUAGCCCUGCCAGGAUAAAAUCUCUGUGAAAUGUAGUUCCAAUCAAAAUCUUUAUUUUUAAAUCGGUUGGCUUAUAAUGGUAGAUAAUGGUAGAGACAAGAAUUUCCAUGGGUAUAUUGCAGUUGCAGAUAAGAAAUGUGUUCCAUAACAACUGUGAGUAGGCAUUCACAAUAUUUAUAUUAACUCAAUGACAACUGUCAAUCCAUUAUCAGGAUUUGCAUUCAGUGAAAGUUUUAUAUAACACUAACAGAAAUAUCUUCCAACUCAAUGCUUAAGGUAAACAAAUACUGUAAAUUGCUUUUCACACUGCAUUUCCUUAACCCCGGACUAUCCUUAACCCCAUACUAUCUUUUUUUCGAUUCACACUGUCUUUCUUAACCCCAUACUAUCUGCUCAGCCGGGGAUAAUGCAUUAACCCCGGACUAUCCCUCAACUCAUGAAUAUUGAUGAUUUUACCAUACAGAGCGUGAUUAACGUGCAAUUCGACUUCCGUGAUUGGCUAAAUGCUUAGCCCCACAUUCCUUAGCCCUGUUCGUUUUCACACUGCAUUCUCUUAGCACCGCAAUUGUGGUGCUAGCACCACAAUAAGCCGGCUAACCCUGCUUUUUUGCAGGGCCAGAUAGUACCGUACUAUUUACCGUGCUAGCCCACUUUGCUAAAAAGUAGUGUGAAAACGAAGUGGGCUAAGCUUAACCUUGGGAAAUUGGUGGGGCUAAGACCCCCCCUUAGCCCCACCAAUUUCCCAGGGUUAAGGAAAAAAAGUGCAUUGUGAAAAGCAUAUUAGUGUGCUAAUAUUCCUUUAAAAGAAAAUUAUCUUUCAAUGUGAUGGAUAAAAGUCAUAGGAGUGUUGCUGCAGGUACAGGUGAACUUUUUUUAGUUAACAGGCCUUCUAAUAGGUCUGUUAUUCACCUUAGUCGGUGCAAUUUUCUAGACCAGGGGGUGUUUCACAAAGAUUUAAGUCUGACUUAGAGUCUCACUUAAAUGCUUACGCGUACAUGAUAAUCUUAUGUAGUGUGCAUCCUCUUGGCAUAAUCUGACCAAUGUGGUCAAGCCUUUUAUAUAUCAGGCAUUUAAGUGCCAUUCUAAGUCAUGCUUAAAUCUUUGCGAAACACCCCCUGGGGCUGUAAACUAAACAGAUAUGCUUAAUAUUUAAUAUUAGUUUUAUCUGUUUGUACACGAUAUGUCAAAUACUUACAGUUAUGCUCAAUUGUGCAAUCAAUUGUAUCUUUUAUGUUACAGAGUCUUUAUUAGUUAUAAACAUGUGUUACAACCUCUUUUUAGUCGAAUCGCUCUUAAGUGGUACACUGUAAAAACUGUGGUGUUAAAACUGACACCAGUUGGUUCUAAUCGAGGACCACGCCCUGAGGUGUUAAAAUCACACCCUAGAGAUUGAACAUAACACCAAAGAGUGUAAAUGUAACAACCAAAGGUACUGUAUAACACCUAUAGCUGUUAAACUAACACUAAACUGGUGUGGUCCUCUAUGUACACCGGUUAACGCCACAGUCUUUGCUGUGUACAUAUUUCUGUGGACCCAAAAGAUUUGACUUCAGCAGAGUUACCUUUGACUGAAAUCAUGGCAUUGAUCAUGAGUAGAUUUACACACUUGAUAAACCAUUUGCCUGGCAAAAAGUGUUCUACUCUGCUGAUUUUCAUCAUUUGUUAUAAAUGAAAUGAAUACAUGAAUGAAUGGAU